UACUUACCUGGAUGAUUGAGCAUGCAUCAAGAAAUUGAAUUUGUGAUACCACUGGAAAAACAAAGAUCCAUCUGUGGGGUGGGUGAUGACAGUAUUUAUUUAUUUAUUUACAAUUUUACGUCAAGCAAAUACGAUUCUUUGAUUCAGCUCCUGGACCUAAUUGUGGUACGCUUGAACAUCACUGCUAGACUCUUUCAGUCAGUCAGCAAAAUGAUCAAUAGAUAUAAAUUUAUUAAUAAAAGAAAUUAAGCACACUUUUUCCACCUCAGAAGUCAAUAAUACCCUUUUCAUCAGAAAGAUCUUCUUGCGACUGCUUCGCGGUAGUGUCAACCACUUUGGCACCAGUUUGCUUGAGAUUGAAAUCUAGGCUUUGAUUUCAGAUUUGAUUUAUGUUUGGUUCACUCCCUCCACCCACCAAAGUCACUCUGUGUCCCUCUGUGACAUCACUUCAAACGACUUCCUGUUUUAUUUUGUAAAUUCCUUACCCUUUGUGUCUACAUAUGGUUACUCCUGCUUUUGUAUCUUUCACACAUGUGGUUGAUUAUCCAAUCAGCCCCCCCUGUGUAUAAGUUUCUUGAUUUGCCCAUCUCAUUUGCUAGAUUGUUUGUGUAUGAUUCAGUACUCAAACUUUCCAGCCAUUCCUGGUUCAGAUUUUUUUUCCUUGUGUGUUCCUGUUUGGUGUUGGUUUUCUUUGGGGAUUACUUGUUUUCACCUGUUGUGUUUUGUUUUCCCUUUUGGCUCUCUUGCUAUGUUUUACUUGACCAAGUGGUUUUUGUAUCAGCUUUCUGAAAGAGAAGCUCGCUUUUUGUUAAGUUCCUUUUGGAAUUGCAUGUGGAUCGUCUGUUUGAACUGAGCUGGUCACAGAACAAUUUGGCAAACAAUGGAUACAGCGGACCGUGGAUUGCUCCUGCAGAGAGCCGAGAAGGUGCUGUCUUCAAGGAGAAGUCUCUUCUCCAGCAUUAACAUCCCUGAAGAGAUUCAACGCAAACUGAAGCCCACUGUAUUGAAAGUGUGGCAUCCCUCUACAUUGUUGUCAAAAGAGUGCUACUCGCUGUACAAUCCCUCCUUUGAAUCCAUGAUGCUUGACUUGGCAAAGCAGGCGGAGAAGAUUCAUGGAAAAAAUGAUUUGAAACAAGUGAGCCUGGAGCCCGCUGAAUUCAAGUCCGUAAACUUUAAAAGCUACACAGAAGCUUUGACGACCCUGGAAUAUAUCAAGAAGUGCAGCUUGAAACCAGCCAUCAAACCAGGGGAGAAGCUGGAGUAUCAUGCUGUCAAAAAUGAGUCGGCCCCUGCAAGCGAACCUUCAGAGCUGCGCGCAUACUACCCAAGAUGUAAACUGCUGUGUCAGGACUGCGGUCUGAUGUUGAAAAACAUAUCUCAAUAUCUCAAUCAUCUGUCAAAUCCAAGACACAGGGAGAUGUUGUGGAAACUCUUUGAAGAAGGAAUUGAAGGCUAUGAGAAAAAAGCUCACUUUUUCCUUCACUUACACUUGUAUGUCAUGGAGUGCUUCAAGAAAAAACAGCCAGCCAUUGGUACAACCUUGAUUGUGUCCUGCAUUACCACAGAAGUUGAUGCAGAGCCUUUUUACAUAUGCUUUGCUUGUCAGGAGUGUGUCUGUCAGUCCUUGAUUGAGCCACACUUAAACUCCCGAAAACAUGUUGUGCACACACUGCUGUUUGAGAAUCCCUGGCGGCUGCCUUUCGGCUGGGAGAAUCUGCAGGAUGAUCAAACACUAAAGGCAAAGGCGUGGGAGGAAGAGAUUGAGGCAAGACCAAAGGAGGUGGUUCUGAAGGUUCUUGAUAUGCCAUGGUCAGUAUUUUACAGGCUCAGCCCUCCUACUUUUGGAAAAGUACUGGAGGGACUUGAACAACAGCACAAGGUCUUGAAGAAUGAAGUUCCACCUUGUCAAACAUAUAGCAAACUCCAAGGAAAUGAAUCAUUUCCUCUACUUGGCAUCGAGUUCAUCGUGAUGUAUGAUUUAUAUGUCAAAGAACCCAAUUCCCCAGAAGCACAUUUUCUGUGUUUGCUCUGUGAGAGGAGGCUGUCAGAGCACGAAUGCUACGACCAUGCAUUCAGCCGUGAACAUGUGGCAAAAUUCCUGGACCGUUUCCACCCAGGCUCACUGGAUUCCAGCGCUGAUGCAGAGACAUUACUGGACUUGGCAAAACAGGCAGCAACAAUUCACAAUAAAUCUCACAUACAGGUAAUAUAUUUGCAGCGUCCCAUUACGGAGCCAUACUCCUACGUUAUAGCAACAAAAAUCUUGGAACGUGUAAAGUGGAAAACUGAGAACAAAAAGCUUAAACCCCAAAUAAAACUUCAUAGAAAACUGGUUCCGAGGAUAACUGUAAAAGACGAGCAACGCGUGAGAGGUGUCUGUCAGAAAAAUGGCAGCACCAACACAGUCGGUGUAGAAGAAAUCAAAAAAGAGCGUGACACACCGACACAAAGUGAAAAUGACUCGGGGUUGAAAAGUGAAGCGGCUUCAGAAGUGAUGAACAGUCCAGGUGAGGUGUGUCGGGCGAUAAAGCAGGAGCCAGAAGAGGCUAAAAUAAAAGGAUCAGCUGGGGCGAAGCAAAGCUGCCACAAUGCCAACAAAGAUAAUGGUGCAGACUCUGGGAUAGAAGAUGGCAGAAGUAGCAAAGAUGUCCCAGCACAGCUGAAGAAUUACAAAGAAAUGGAAAGAAAGAGACAGCACAGUGUGUCUGAAACAUCGCAAGAGGACUCGUGUCCUACUGAGUGUGUGGGGAGAGAAAUGGGCCCUAAAAGACAGCGUCGGACCUCCAGAGAAGACUCGUGUGACAAAGCCCCAAAAAUGUCUGAUAUUAGCAUAAAGAAGGAGAACAAUGAAGAUGAAGCCUGCAAAGCGGCAAUUGACAAAGGUUUUAUCGCUCUGCUUAAAUGCUGCUGUCCUCAGCAUGAGCCGGUCUACCUCUGCGAGUCCUGCUCUUUGAAGGUCUCAGAGAAGGACAUCGUCAGCCAUCUGACUGGAUUUGACCAUCACAAGGUGCCACUGGUGGAUGUUAAUGUAAAUGAAGAAGUUUACAGUAAGGUCUCAAAACAAAGCUUUCAGUCGGCCAUAGAGACAGUCAAGGCAUUUCAAACUCAGCAGGACAUUGGGUCUACAUUCCCUUCAUCCUCAGCUCCUACCUGCGUAAAACCUGUGGACACUUCAGUCGACCAACAUGAUGACAAUACAAAGGGCAGCGUGAAGGUGGUGAACAUGGUGACUGAUGCCGACCAAGAGGAGUCUGCGUUAUUUAAAGGCACUGGAAUAACUCAAGUCCUCCCUCAAUCAACUGAAGAGGGCACAAAGAGUAACAAAGCCCCCAAGCCAGCUAACAAAUCUGUCACUUGUUCAGUUACUCCCAGAAGUGGAGAAAACGUAAGUCUGUGUGUGUCAAAUGCAAGUGGCACAAAAACCGCCUCCAAAGCCAGUAUUACUCCAAACACAAAGUCAACUGCAGAAUCUGCAGCAGUGUGCAGAACCGGAGCUCCAUCGAGAGUGACGGCUACUUCUUCAAACAGAAUACCUCCUCAGACUGAAUCCACAGUGGUGCGAGAGGCUACUUGCAAAACUGCACCUUCCUCCAGAAGUGAAAAGUUUCCAUCUCAUCAGUUAAAAACAAAAGCCACCCCUCAAAUGGCACCUGUGGCUAAAAAGCCCAGAACCUCAGUUAGACCUGAGAGUGUGGAGACUUCUGCAAAGACCGUACAUGUGAAGAAUUCAGUGGGGCCAAAUGCAUCACAUUGUCAUAAAAGUAACAAACCUGGCGCUCCUCAUCAGGCCACGGGCACGUCUGUCAGGCCUGAACACAAGAAGCCACCCACAGAGCCACCCCAAACCUCCAUGAGUAAUAAGACAAAGCCAAGUGAAGGCCUUCCUAAAGUAGGCUUAAAUGAGCUGAUUGUGGUAUCGUGUGAGGAGAAGCAGCAAGUCUACUGUAAGCUGUGUUCAGUGAAGCUAACCAGUUCCAGUGACUAUCACCUGAUCAGCUUAGACCACUGGAAAAAAUAUGUGAAAACGAAGUAUCCUGAUUGGACCGCAAAGCCAUCAGAGAUGGAGAGAAAACUGAAUGAGAUAGCGAUCCCCUUGACCGAGGCUGAGAGGAGUCUCGGACCUCGCAAACCACAGAUUCUGAAAGUGAAGAAGGACAUGUAUGAAAAGCUGGCUCAUCUUCCAGAAGAUGAAGCUGUCAAAUAUGUGAAGUCAAUGAAUCAGAGAAGCUUGCGGCUCUCAUCAACCUCCCCAGCUGAUUCUGCCUCUGCCAGUCCAUGCGACGUUUCAAGCUCAGAUGAUGGGAUAAAUAAAAUGUCAGAACUUUCUACUUACGAAUGUCCAGCGGUGGAGAACAAAAACCAGCACCAGGCACUGUUGAUCCAGAAAGAAGAAAUGAGCUCGAACUCAAAAGUGGAGGCAGACCUGGCUGCAUCGAAGCCAAUCGGACACAGCUCGGAAGGUGAAGACAUACAAUCUGAUGACAUGAUUCUGGACGAGCUUGAAGACGAGGAAACUGCAGAAAUUGAGGAUUUAGAGGAAGAUGUAGAGAUUCAGACUUGCACUGAAGUCAUGUCUGAAAUGCAGUGUCCUGAGCUUCGUGGCGGCGCUAGAGACCACAGACCAAAGCAGCCGAAGAGUGAAGAAUUUCAGGACAACUGGACAUUGCCAGCAUGCGCACAAAAACCUUUGACUGUCAAAUUCAGCUGCUCAGAGCCACUCCCUGUAGCUGCUUCAGCUCAUCCAGAAGGGCAGAACCAGCUGAGACCAAGGCAGAAGAUGGACCACGUGUCUAGAGGCAAUCCAGUAUCAGAAGAGCACAGUGCAUCACAGGCAUUCUUAAGAACUCCAACAGAGGGAAGAAAUCAGCGCUCUACUUCUGACAGCAAUUUGUCCAUCUUCUUGAAUACAAAGGGACUGGAUGCUGAACCAAUUGUUGGUAAGGGUUAUGUGUGGGAGUGCCGCGGGAUUGCUUUGGAAACCCUUUUCUUAUGCACGUGCUGCGAGAAGGCGCUCUCUCACCGCGACAUCUGUCAGCACAUGGUCAGCUCUGAGCACCAGCUCGAAUACAUGCGGAAAGUAUACCCUCAGUUUCUCCACAAGUUCUGGGAUGAAGACCUGCCUUUAGACAAGAAACUGGAACUCUUAAAGAAAGUUUCCUGGAAGCUCUCAGAGCGGGAGCAAGAUGAAAGUCCAAAGGUUACUACGCUGAGAAAGGAGUUGCAUGAACGUGUUCAGACGGCUCCAUUCAGUGAAGCUAUAAAAAUUUUGCAAAAUAUGCAUACGGACAAAUCAAGUAAACUGGGCCUGGCGCAGGACAACGAUGAACGCAGGGUCUUGGUACCACAGCACAACAGUCAGCGGUCUGAUGAGCGGCCAGUUCCAAAUGAGUCUCUUUCCACAGAAAUGCAAUCAGCUCAUAGAGCUGAGCGAUACCAGAGAAGUGACAAUGCUCAACUCACACAGGAGCCUCAGUUAGAGGCAACUCAAACGGUUGGUGACUUGGAUGGGUUCAAAGAAAGAGGACUCCAGAGUCCUCUCAAUGUGAGCGGCUCCAGCUCAAAGGAUGAUCCUGUUGCCUCACUGUUGCCCCAUCCUGGCUCAUGUCUCAGCCCUGAAGAGACCUGCUAUAAGCCUCCUGUGCAACCAAAGCUCACGCCACCAGUCUCUGACUAUCAGCAGCCUGCCCUCUGCUUGCAUGUGAAACAGGAAGAGGCGCACUCAGAACCAGCAUGCUCUUCGGCUGCUAAUCCUACUAUCAGCCAAACGCUGUCAGUGCCUCCCAGAGAUCAGUGUCUCCCAUCCAGGGAAAGGCCAGCUGAUACUUUGCCAUGCAUAAAUGAUGUAGACUGGAGAUUGGUUAGACACCUGAUUGCUGUGGUGAGAGAAUGUAGAAUGAAAGCUCCUGUUACUGUUGAUACUGUGGACUCCUGUGCUGCCGGUUCAUCUGAAAGUGUGGAAAAUAGGUUGAAUUUGCAUACAGUGACAAAAACUCCAACUUCCUCUGGCUCAUUUAAAAGCAUGCCUCUGACAGGAAACCCUGCUAAUGCAGGCAGUGAGAACCAACGCUUCAGUCUGAGUGGAAGCUCAGAAGACACUUCAUCUUCCCUGGACCAUUUGAUGACUGGAAAUCCUUUUAAGGUUGAAGCUGCAUCUGGUGCAAGGGCUACUACCGCCACUGUUGAGCCCAAAGACCCACAGCAUCCACCAACUAUUGCUGAUCAAAGAGUCUUUGAACAUUUCAGCCCUGUUUGCUAUACAGACACCAGCCAUAACCCAGGACAGAUCCCACAGCCACAUGCUGACUCAGAGGCUGACAGCUCUGGAGUUGACCAGUUGCCCAUCAGUACCAUUGUAACCGAGAGGCUGGCGCAAAGGUUUAUGGGACAUUAUACAGAACAGCCCCACACCGAGGUGAACAGCAGCCAUCAGGGCAGUUUCCCUACAAUUUCUGGAGACAACCCCACUGACUUUUUGGUGCCUUCAACCGGAUACGAGUCACACAGCCAAAUGCCUUAUGUCGCAAGUUCACAUCCAGGGUACGCACCGCCUCAGGCCGUAUUAGGUUACACAACAGGAGAAAACCCUCAAGUUUAUACUGGAGCUUUAAACCCAAGUGAAGGAUACUCUGCAGCGGCAAUCUACCCGGGAAAUUUUUAUCCACAGCUCGCCAUCAGCCAUUCAAGUUUGCAGUUAUUUGGGCAAUCUGCGGUGACUCCAGGAUGGGUGAGCUUGGAUAUGUUGCACUACUACCCAUCAGUGAGGAGAUAAGUGACUGGUUUUUGGUUUUUCUACAAAAAAACAUUUGCUGUUGUGCGUUUUGGCAUUUGAUUUUUCUCAAACUGUUUUUUGGGAGGGGGGGGGGAAUUAAAAAAAACAAAAAAAAACAAAACAUGCCAUAUUUAGUGAGUUUUAUUCUUUCAAAGUAAUGUUUAAAUGGAUAGUUUAACAUGCAUGUUUAUUCCUUUCUUUUUUCCCCCUUUAAAAAAAAAAAAAGAAAAGAAUUCAUUAUCUUAUGGUUGGGCACUAGCUAUCGUUAGCAUUUGGAAAGCCUGAGGUGCAAAUUGACACAUUCACUGCCUUUUUCUCAGUAUUUCUGUGUUUUCACUUGCCCUCCUGUACAGCAUAUGUUCUGAUCACAUUUAAGAAGCUAGAUUUAGCCUGUUAAAACUCUUUGUUUUGUGUGUUGUUUUUUUUGCCCUGUGGUUCAUUUUGAGCAAAGCGCACAGAUUUUCUGUGCAAGUAGCAAAAAGUUAUGUUUAAAACUGUUUAUAUUCAGUAUGAAGAGUGUGACGAAAUCUCAUUUAUUUGUAGCUUGUUUUUAAUCUGAUAAUAGCAGUUUUAUAUAUAUUUGUGGGUUUUUGUUUUGUUGGCUGAUUUUUGAUUUAAAAAAACAAAAAGAAACUUGAUGUUUGAUUUUUGACCAGUUAAUAAUAGAUUUUGUUUGUCUGAUGAAUAAAAGGGAGGUAAACUUCCUCUUAAACAAAA